AGGCAAAUUCUUCGCAUGUGCAGCAAUGAGCAAGUUUUAGCACAGAAGCAUAGGGAAUCGCACGAAAUAAUGGACAGUUCCACACCGACACCGGAUCGAUCCAUCAAUGGUUUGAUCUUCUUUCUCACUCUAUCGCUUUUCCUCACUGCAUUGACUUCUGGUCUUCUGGUAUGCCUAUCAAAAAUUUGGUGCAGUCAAAGGAAGUCCUCUGCGCAGAGUAGCUCGCGACGUCCCACAGUGGGCGCUGGAGGUUCGUUUGACGACAGCGAUUCCGACGACGAAGCUUUGCCACCAAGUCGACCCCCUGCGGUGCGACGGCUCUCACAACGGCUGAUCAGCUUCGUUCACAGACCCUUCCAGGAGGAAACACGCCAGCCGCCGAUAGAGGAGAGUCCAGAGCCCCCCUUAACAACAGCUCCCGCUAUCCACGGAGCAGAAGACGAAGUUACAUCGGCACAUUCGCGGAACAAUAUCAACACCUUGCCUCUCAAUGAUCCGACUUGUGUAAUUUAUUUAUGAUCUGGAUAUGAAAAGCUACACUUUUAGCCGUUUUGAGGUUACAGUGGUUGCUAUGGCAUUUCUUGUUCAUAAUAAACGGGUCUC